UGACUCCAGUUCAUCGGCAGCCGUGAGUGUGAGAGGGCGGUCCGCAUUACAGUGCGCCGAUUCGAGAUUGCCACUGAGAGACGCGAGUGACGGUGGAUAUAAGAUUAAUCUCAAUAUUUUUAACGACUCCAAGCAGAAGAAAUUACUCCCAUUCAUUUGGUCGGAUUUUAUCGAAGAGGGAGCGUAAUUCCAGUAGAAUUUUACGAGUCUGGAGGAUUCUUGCGUUUAAAGGCUGGACUUGAAGUAGUGGUUCCGGAAACACUGGAAGGUGUUAGUGAACUCCUUCGACGUACAGUGAGGUGUGGCUCUCUCGAUAGCCAUUUGCCAUUCUUGUAGUUCCAGUUAAAUCCUUUGCAAAAACAAUGGAUUACUCGUGACGAUGGUCCGCUGAAUGAAUAGAAAAAGAAAAUCCAGCAACUUUGGAGAACUCUCUUCAUUUCAACUUUUUUCACUUCUAUAAUGACUUGGAUACUGAGAAGUCGAAGGCCGAAGUCCCAUUGCGGUCCGCAAGUAAGUAACACCAUGGCCAGCAGCAGUAGAACCGCGAAUAGCAUCUACAGCAGGGCCACGCAGUACCUCGUCUUCGUUCUCCUGGGCACCACCGUCGUUAGGGCCCAGUGCCCUUGGCCCAGAGAGGUCACGGAUCUCAACGCCUCAUGUCUCUGCGCCUAUAACAUACAGAACGAGCUGUCGAUCCAGUGCACGUCCGUCAACUUCACGCUGCUCAUGACCGUCUUGCACCAGAGGGCGAACAGCGUCCCUCUGGAUCUCCUGUACGUCAAUAACACGAGGAUUAGCGUCCUCAACGAUAGGACCUUCGACGGCCUGAAGGUGGAAAAUAUUCAGUUCUCCUCCUGCGACAUCUACAACAUAAGCGACAACGCCUUCAAGGGCCUCGAGAAUUCCCUGAAGAACCUCAAUCUCCAGGAUAACAAACUGUCGAGCGUCCCAUCGGGGUCCAUCUCCAGACUCAGGAGACUGGUCCUCCUCGAUCUUUCCGGAAACCAAAUUACCUCCGUCCCGAACGAAGCUUUCAAGGGGUCCAGGCUCGCUACUCUAAAGUUGGCCGAUAACGAUCUUUCCCUGGCCUUCGGCGCCUUCAAUGGAAUCGAGAGAACCCUUAAGAACCUGAACCUAAAAGGAACCAAACUCCGAGCCAUCCCAACGGCAAUCCUCAACUUGCCAGUUCUUGCCUUCCUCGACAUUGCCCAGAACGAGAUUAAGGAACUCCAGCCAGGAUCCUUGAAGAACCUGCACUCCCUAACGGCCCUAAACAUGGAGAGGAACAGCCUACAGCGCCUGGAAGCGAACGACUUCGAGGGCGUUAAUGACACUCUCAGCUCGCUCUCGCUCCUCAACAACCACAUCACGGAGUUCCCUACCGAGGCGCUGAAUACCUUGACAGAACUUCGGGUUCUGGAUAUCGGUUUCAACAUGAUCACGAAAAUCCCCGACGACGCCUUCUACGGAGUGAGGUCACUGACCCUACUGGCUCUGGACGGUAACCCCAUUAACACGGUUCCAGUGCAAGCUUUCAAACACCUCAACACCACACUCAGGGGCUUCUCUGUGGGUGGCAAAUUCCUUCAUUGCGACUGCAAAGUGGCCUGGAUCACCGAAUGGAUACGAGACUACGAUCUACAAGUGACUUCCCGAGAGCGCAACCCACAGUUCUGCGGACAGCCUCCGGAGUACAGAGACCGGUCGUUCUUCCAGCUGGGUCCGUCGGAAUUUGUUUGCGAUUCAGAAGAUCACGCGAAUCCAGAGCUUCCGGUGUCCACUUUAGAUCCCCUUAUCCCCCCACCACCACCACCACCACAAUCUACGACAACUACCACUACCACCACCUCCACGGAAGCGUCGACGACAACGACGACUACGCCAGUUAUACCAACGACUCGACAAACGCCGUCAUCUCCUAGGCCGGAGGUUACUUCUGAAACGCCUCGAACAUCCUCAUCUGGCCCCGGAACUAUCAUUCAGCCACAGUCUGCCGAAGAAUCAGGAGUUGGCAGCGUUGGUUCUGUACAACGAGGUCCCGGAGGACAAGGCCCAACGAGAAACCGUCCUACCUUGGACGUCUCUCCUCAGAUUCCUCCUACGAGAUCUCAACAGCGUCCUUCGAGAAUUGAGAGGCCCUCCUCACAGCCUGUUCUCUCUCCCGUCAAGAGGCCAAACUUGGUUGUUAGGCAACACGACGAACCUUCUGGCCACAGUGAAGACUUCUUUGGUCUCAAGAGUCAGGGACCCUAUGUUGAAGAGGUGAUAGUGCAAGAUGCUUAUAGGAAGGACAACUCCGUCAUAAUUCAAUGGGACUCUGAAGUCUCCAACAUCCUGGGCUUCAGAGUUGUUUACAGGCUUUUCGGGGACAAGACCUUCAAGCUGGGUCCACCGCUGGCCUCUUCGGAAAGGGAGUUCAAGAUCAAAAACGUUCCGACUCAGGAGUGCGUCGUGGUUUGUGUUGUGUCCCUCGAGGACGUCAACGUUACGCCCAACAACGUCCAGCACUCGCAGUGCCGGGAGAUCCGGACCGAGUCAUCGGCAGCCAUGCACAUGGACACCAUUAUCAUCGCCGCGUCGGCAGCCAUCUGCGGCACCGUCAUUAUCGCCGUCAUCGUCUUCAUCUGCUGCAACAGGAAACGCAGCGGCCACCGAGAGAAGGACGGCAUUCCCGCGGUCCUGAGUCCUGCGUCGCCGCCCCUGGCCUCGCUCGGCACCCUCGAGACCGGCACUCUCGGCGGGGGAUACAAAGGCGACGGAGACAACAUCUCCAUGUUCUCGCAUAGGUCGAUACCCAGGGCUAGGAUGUACCACAUGGACAAAGGUUCAGUGAAUAAUGGCUUUAUCCCGGACGAUGCACGAUCCCACAUAUCUCACAUUUCCUCUAAACACAUUCCACGCCCCCGGUCUAUGGCAGAUGGGCAGAGUCAACGGUCGUACUCAGCUCUCAGCGCGGCCAAUCUGAGAUAUGCUCCGAGCUUCAACCACGGCCUGGGACUCUCCAGACAAGAUUUGAGUAUCUCUCGACAGUCACUAGCAGCUUCUCAGUUAAGUGGCGCUGACUUCAGCACAGGUAUGGCUGUGAAUCCCAAUGCCUUCGGGCAUGGCAUGGGAGGCUUAUCGCGAAUGGCCUCACAACGCAGCGACCGCCGCCGCCAAAGAUCGAAAUCCAGAGAACGCGCCAGUUCCAGGCUCAGCCACGCCGGUUCCAGCCACUCCCUUACCGGAUACGAUACAGACGGAUGGACUGAUCAUGACAUGGAUAUCUAUGUUGCAAGAAAUCCAACGCGUGGUGGGCUCGUACAGCUGUAGUCAUUUAUAAGUACAUUCGUGUUUACUCGAUCGACCUUAUUGAAGUUAAACUGCAACUUUGCCAAUCAUCGAGAGAAGCUGUAGAAUUCAGGAUAACUUCAGUGGAAAUAAGCACUGAUAGAAUAAACUGUAUGUUAUUUAGCAUAUCAAGAGGAGAGCAGUCCCUUUGAUUUGUAGAGCGCAAUGAUUACUCUUUGUAACAGAAGUGGGCCUCUAGGGUAAAAUAUUUUGGGAGAAAAAUUCCAGGCCAAAGCAGCUCUCUGGAAAAGCUAGAGGUCCUUUGUUCGACAUCCUGUGCCAUUGUAGAGAAAUAUCACUCUAAUAUACAUUUUACCAAAAAAAGACAAGAAAUAAUUUCGAAAUCACUUACAUCAAGGUGCUCUUUUUAUUGUUAAUUUAAGCAAAUAGGAUUUGAAUAAACUAGUGUGGGAUUUAAUAAUUAAUUAAACUGGUUACUUUUUAUGAUAAAAGACAUGUGUCGUAAUGCAACAGGAAACUGUAAUCCAUACAUAAAGUUUUGACAUUAACCAAUUGUAAUGUCAUACACUGAAGCUUCAUAUUCAACAGAACUCUAAACUUCCUUUUUAUUAUGGUGGAAAAUAAGUAAAAUGACAAAGCACAAAAGUUGUGAAUGGUGCUGCCUAAUUGUCAUACCAUUCAAGAAACAGUCUUUUACAAUCCAGCUCCGAAUGGUGAAUAAUGGAUUCCUCUGAGUAACCAGAAUAUUUAACUGGCAAAGAAUUCGUUGCCGAUAAAUUUGCAUAUUUUGACGAUAUAUUACUGAGAGGGAAACAUUGCAUAACGUAUAUUCUUACGAAGGUACAGAUUGAGCUUCUGAACUAGUUAUUGCUUAUUCAUGUGGUAUUGUCUGAGAACUCUUCUGCCGCAGACAGUCUAUUCUUUAAUGAUCAUGCUUUCUUGGUAUCCAAGCUUGACCAUUCCCAUCUGAUAAAGGGAGCUUGAGCUUGUCUGGUACUGACAAAAGCUUACUAAUGGUUCCCAGUGAGGCUUAGCUCUUGACUAUUACCCACUCUAUUAGGCUGUGAGGUUUCAUGUCAUUCCAGAUUGAACUAAGAUCUCAGUGUGGAACCCUUUAGGUUGAGGUAUCUGAUGGGUGGUGGCAGGACUCUUCUGAUGCAAUAUCAUCUGCUGCAGAUAGUAAUCCAUGAUAUUCAGGGACGCUUUUGUGUUGGCAAAAGCAAUUUUAUCCACAUCCUUCUGAAGAACCUGGCUAGCAGCAUACUACCGAGUGAAAAUAAAAUCUCUGAAAGUUUCAUUUUUUUGCAUUCAUAUGUGCCAAGAUAGUUAAAAGGGUGGUUUUGCAAACCAUUGCUAGCGAGUGGUGCUACUGAGCACGGCUAGCAGAUGAUAUUGCAAGCCAUGACUAGUUGAUGAUCGAGUGACAUCAAACUAGCAAACGGCAUUAUUAACUAUUACCAGCAGGUGAUGUUGCAACUGUGUCAAGUCCGGGAUUUUUUUUUUCUGAGUAAUCUUUGGUGUGGUAAAUACUCAAUCUACGUAUGUAUGUAUAUAUGUAUUUUUCUGAACAACGAAGUAUUGUGAGAUGUAUUCCUUAGUCUCCCAUAUAGGGGGGACGAUGUCAUUCACAGUAAGAGCACUUUCUUACUGAAUAUUUCCAUUCUGAAAUUUGAUGUGAAGCUUCACAUCGUAUUUCUGCCAAGAAAAGGUGACGUCUCAUUUGCAAGUGAGGUUCCAUAAGUCCUAGCUGUGAUUGAUACUGUUCGUAUCAGCCUCCUCCUUCAUUUUCAUUCACGGUCAUUUUCAUCAUUAAUCUCAUGAUCAUUGUCAUCAUCUUUAAUACUCAUUAAUACCAUUUUUAUCACAGAUGUGUGUUAAUGUAAACUGUAAUCAUAUCCUUCCUACAUAUUAGUCCUUUCUUUGAUUAAUAAUGCCGUUUAAUCAGUCUAAAUGAAAAAAAUAUUAUAAUGUUUGAUUGUUUUAUGAUAAAGAGUGUUAAUUAAAAACUUCCUAGCUUUCGCUCAGUUUCUUUCUUUGAAGAAUCGAUAUUUUCAAAUUCAAGUGUGGUGGAGUAAAAAUUUUACCUGAUCUUGUCAGAGUAAGCUCAUCACUCCGUUACUCUCGGUGACAUUGAUGUAAUGGAAGAUAAUACUCGUUAUUGAUCAAGUGUUUGGAAGUGUUUGAAUAUAAUUAAGUAAACACCCGUCAGAUGUCACAAGUGUACAAAGAGGACUACGACGUUUGAGAAGCUGAAUUCAAAGUGGAAUUUGUAGAGCUUCUACAAAGAGGAGAAAGCUAGUGAUGCAAAGCAGUUAUGGCGAAGACUGAUGGUCAAGAACUUUUUGGUGUCCUAAAUCAGACGUCCCGUAUUGUACAGAUCUUCUUAAAUUGCUCCUAGCAGUUUGUGAUGUGUGAUAGACGUUCUUGUAUGUGUUGUUUGGGAAAAAGCAACUCGGUUUCAUAUCUUAUACAUAUGUGUUUCAAUCAGACUAGAUUAUACUUUCCUCCAAGGUUUAGAUUACUGAAAGAAAAAUUGGUUAUUGUGGACUUUACGGACUCAAACGGGCGGUUGUAACUCGUCAAAUGAAUAUAAUAAUGAACUAGAAUUUUCAGAAAUAUUUUCACCGACCCAGCAGCUAAGUCAGACUCUUCAAAGAAGGGAGGUCUUGACUAGUUUUUUGGACAUCUGAAAUGUUUCGGAUACAUGCAAAUUUCAUCUGAACCGACGAAGGAAAGUUUUAAGGAUCUGAAUUAUCUUGAGUGAUGGUUUUUCCUUUCUUCCGAUCAUUGGCCGGAAGUGCAGAGGACAAUUGAAAGUCACAGGCGAACUGCUGUACAAAAUAUUUUUUACUAAUAUUGUAUUACCUAUAGCCUUUUCAUUAACAUUUUUGUUUCAUUUUCCUUGUUGAUAACACUCAUGUUUAACCUAGUUUUUUUUAAUACAAUCAAAGUGUUUGUAAAAUAAAGUGAAGAUAAUGAAA